AUGCGGUCCCCGAUUAUUGUACUUUCUGUUAUUGCCCUGUGGGCUCAAGCUGCCAAAAGCGCGUACGAUGGCAGGUUAUGUAACAAUGGCAGUUACGACACCCCUGGCACCAGUUUGACAUGUAAGACACCGGCUCGUUGUUUAGUCGCGCGGCCACUAGAAGGGCUAACCCGGCGGCAGACGUCCCGAACGCUUGGAACGCGGAUAGCAAAGGGUUCUCCUGCAUCGCGGUGGUCGUCGGACCCCGGGUCCGUCCACUCGUACCCCCACGUCAAGUUCUCAGACCCUGUCCUCCCCGUACCCCUGUCCAACAUCUCGGCCCUGACACUCUCAGCCCAGUGGGCCAUGGGCCCUGGAUCGACAUCGCGGUCUGUGCCCGGUAUCGACGCGCCCGGCUUGGCGAGGCUGGACGCCUCGGCGAAUGCCGCUUUCGAUAUCUUCGCUGACCGCAUCCCACAAAACUCUCUGCGGGAGACAGAGGCGGAGACCGAAAUUAUGGUCUGGCUGGGCAGGGUUGGCUACGCCCAGCCAUUGGGCUAUGAGGGGACCGAAUCGUAUCGGGCGAAGUUGACCGUGGGUCACGUCGACUUUACCUUGUACCUGGGAAAGAACCAGAGAGGCACGUCAGUCUUCACCUGGGCCGCGCAAUCCAACGAGACAAGCUUCGCGGCUGAUAUAUCGCCGCUCCUUCAGUACCUGUGGCGGAAUGGCUUGGUCUCCCCCGGAUCGAACAUGGGACUCAUCGGGUGGGGUACCGAGGGUUACCAUGCAGAAGGAAACGUCACCUUCUCCUCAGCGAGAAGAACCAUCGGAUACCUGCUCCGGAUGGCUACCCUCCAUCCCUCCCGGCCUGGGACCCCGGGUUCCCAGCAGAGUAACCCAUCGAGCGGUGGUACUCGCGAUCCCUUCAGGGACCCUUCCCAGGCCUCGUCGCCCGCUACUGAUUCAAGGACAUCACUUAUACUAACCAACAGCCAGACACCUGUUACGAGACUUGGAGAGAUAAACGAGAAGGCGGGUCAUGCCUCCGGCUCAGAUAUGGAUGCUGCUGUUGCCGCUUCAAACCCGGAAAAGGGGGGCUCCACGGCAGCAGCAGCAACAGCUAGCCCCAAGAAGAGCCGCAACCCCUUCAAACGCAGCUACGGCGCAUUCCGGCGGACCUACUGCCCCAUCGAGGAGCCGGGCCUCGUCUUCCCGACGGGCCCAACCGACAAGGAGAAGCUCGAAUACAUCAGCACCAACCGCAUCCCACUCUACAUCUUCGGCGUCUUCUCCUUCCUGACCCUCUCGGCCGGCAUGUGGCUCUUCGCCGUCAGCUCGCCCAUCUUCUCGUGGUACGGCGUCUUCGUCGGCUUCCUCAACAUCUACCUCAUCAUCUCCUACUUCGUCGGCAUCAUCGGCCGCGACUGGGACUACGCCGCGCACCAAGCCCUCGUCGCCCAGCACCCCAUCACCGACACCACCGCCCCCACCGUAGACGUCUACCUCCCCUGCUGCUCGGAGCCCCUCGAAAUCCUCCAGAACACCUACAACCACAUCCUCCGCCUGGACUGGCCCGCCUCCAAACUACAAGUUCACGUCCUCGACGACGGCGACCAGCCCGCCGUUCGCGCCCUCGCCGCCCGCUACGGCUUCCACUACCUGGUGCGGGACGACCGGCCGCGGCUGCGCAAGGCCGGCAACCUGCGGUGGGCGUUCAGCCGCACGGCGGGGGAGUUCUUCGCCAUCUUCGACGCGGAUUUCUGUCCGCGGCCGGAUUUCCUGCGCGAGCUGGUGGUGGAGCACCUGGCGGACGACAAGACGGCCAUCGUGCAGAGCCCGCAGUACUUUCGUGUCACGGACGAUCAGACCUGGGUGGAGCAGGGGGCGGGCGCCACGCAGGAGCUGUUUUAUCGCGUCGUGCAGGUCAAUCGGAACCGGUGGGGCGCGUCGAUUUGUGUGGGCAGUAAUGCGGUGUAUCGGAGGGCGGCGCUGGAGGAGGUGGGCGGGACGGCGGAGAUUGGGUUUUCGGAGGAUGUGCAUACGGGGUUUGGAGCUGUCGACCGCGGCUGGAAGGUCAAGUAUGUCCCGCUGUGCUUGGCGACGGGCAUCUGUCCCAACACUCCGCGCUCUUUCUUCUCGCAGCAGAUGCGAUGGGCGCGCGGCAGCACUACGCUGCUUACCACCAAGCAUUUUUGGGUGUCCAAGUUGACGGUCAUGCAAAAGAUCUGCUAUCUCUGUGGUGAGUUGGGCGUUCACACCAGGGGGAAACGUUCCGCUGACGUUCCAGGUCUCCUCUACUACUCGGCCGUCUCGCUCGGCAUCUUCAUCUCGCCGAUCCCGGGCACGCUCCUUUUGUUCUUCCGUCCAGAGUGGUUCAAGUACUACAACCUGGCCUUCGCUAUUCCCUCCAUCAUUUACGGCUCGCUGCUCUUCCGCUUCUGGGCCAAAGCCAAGUACGGCUUCAACGUGCAGCACAUCAUGGUGGUGCAGUCGUAUGCCUACCUAACGGCUAUCAAGGACCGGCUCUUCGGCAUCGAGCUGUUGUGGGCGGCGUCGGGCGACAAGAAGGCGCACAAGAGCAACAAGUACCGCAACAUGCGCAUCCUCUGCUGGCUGUGGACCAUCGUCUCCGUCGGGGGCGUGAUCGCCGCCGUGACCUACCGCCUGCUGACCGGGUUCCCGUGGUACCACACGAUCCCGCUAUGGGGUACUUGGGGCUUCUAA